AUGCCCGUACACUUUCUCGCAGAAUGGGUGUCCUCGCGCGUACCAUCAGAGUACUACGCAUCAAUCGCCGCCGCACUCGUCGCCACCAGCUUCCUCAAGACCUGGUCAGCAGGCCCAAAGCUCCUCGACAUCGAAGAGGCUGCUCCCCACCCCGAACCUUCCUCUUCCUCGUCCUCAUCCUCGAGCGCUGCACGCAAUGACAAGGACGGGGGAAAGGCUCAGCGCAACGACUCGGCACUCGCCGCCGCCGGUCCGUCCACCUUGCGCGACCUGCACGGCCGCGUCGUCCUCGUCGCCUCGGGCGCCUUUUCCUCGCUCGGCGUAGUCACCCUCUCGUCGCUCGCGCACCGCGGCGCACAGAUCAUUGCACUCACGCCCGACCUCCGCUCCCCGCGCGUCCUCCAGCUCGUAUCCCUCCUACGCAGCAGCACCAACAACGAGCUCAUCUACGCCGAAAAGUGCGACCUCGCCGACCUCGACUCGGUCUCGCGCUUCGCCGCAAAGUGGAACCAGGGCGACCCCACCACCCUCGGCCCCAGCGGCGGCGGAAAGGGUGGGCCCAGGCGCAUUGACAUCCUCCUCUUCCUCCCCUCGGAGGAGACCAUCUACUCGUUCGGCCAGGAUGUACGGCCCUCGACCCGCCACCCGCGAUACGAACGCGCCUACGUCCAGGAGGUCCUCGCACGCUUCCACCUGGUAAACGCCCUCCUCCCCAGCCUCCUCCUCCUCCCGCCCGAGCGCGACAUCCGCAUCAUCUCGACCAUCUCGCCCUGGUACGGUGCCGGCGCCCACUCGUUUGACGCCAUCGUCGAGGACCCCUCGUCCAAGUCCUACCUGCUCUCGGGCGUCGAGCCGUGGCGCAUCCACGGCGCCACCUCGCUGCGCUGGUUUGCGCUGAUGCGCGAGCUGCAGCGCAGGCUGCACCUCCUCGCCGAGGCAGAUGCGCGGCCGCGCGACAAGCUGCCCGGCAUCGACCCGUCGGCCGCCACGGCGGCCUCGUCGCGCCCCAGGCCCGUCGACGGCAGCGCGGCGCGGAUGGGCACGAGGAGGAGCAACAUCUCGACCAUCUGCAUCACCACCGGCUUUGAGCGCAACAACGACAUCCUCGCCUUUCUCCUGCCCUCCCGGCAGAGCAGCGAGACCGGCCUCUACCCCGACGACGACGACGACGACGACGACGGCGAGGGCGAGGGCGAGGGCGAUGGAGAGGGCGAGGGCGAUGGAGAGAAUGACGAUGGCAUGGGCGAGGACGGCACCGAGCGAGGGGAGGAUGCGACCGCGAGUGGCGCAGACCCCCGCGCCAAGCUCAGCGCGGCCAUUGAUCCGCGACGUCGUGCCACAGGCAGCGUCGGCGGCGGCGGCAGCGGCAGUGGCGCGUCAUCCACCGCCACACCAUACACGACAAGACGACGACGGCGCGACGCAAAGACCGAGGCCUCUCUGGCGACACUGCACAACCUUCCCUCCGCCACCUCCUCGUCUUCCUCCUCCUCCUCCUCCUUGGUCGACACGAUCACGACGAUGCUGGUGCAGGCCCGCCGUGUGCUUCGGUACAUCUUUGUGCUGACGCUCUGGCCCCUCAUCUGGCUACUGACUCAGAGUCCAGCGACGGCCUCCAACUCGCUGGUGUGGGCGAGCGUCAAGAGGGUAGAGAGCGACGCCGAUUUCCUGCACCGCAUCUCUUCGCCAUCGCAUCCGGACGCACCCCCAUCCAGGGUCCGGGAUCGAGGGGGCCAGGAAAACGUGUCAAAGAAGCAAGCGACGCGCCAUUCCAUCCGUCGUCCGCUCAUGGGUGGAGAACUCUACCGCGCCGGCAGGAUCGUACGGCCCACGCUGCCCGCAUGGCUCCUCGAGGAUGGUGGGGCCGGCUUCGCAAAGCUGUGGGAUGACGAGGAAAAGAGGGUCGAGGAACUCGUACGUGGUGCCAUCCGACGGCCCGGAGGUGGCGACGGAGCUGAUCCCAAGGCCGAAAAGGGGGAUACGCGGAAUCGGGAUUAG